CUUGCAGCAUACAUGCCUCAAGAUAUCCAAAACUGGUUAUCUCGUCGUCCACCACCAGUUCUCGCAAAGUGGCACUCGAUGAGAGAAUCAUUAAUCGGUAGAUUUGGCAUUUAUGAAGAGAUUGACUACCGAAGACGUUUGAAGGGACUCAAAAAAUGUCAAAAAAUGUCGAAAAGAAGUUAA